AUGUCCAGUGGCGACUUCCUCACAAAGGGCAUCGAAUUGGUUCAAAAAGCCAUAGAUGCUGAUACAGCAACGAGGUAUGAAGAAGCUUACAAACUUUACUACAAUGGUUUAGAUUAUCUUAUGCUUGCUAUAAAGUACGAAAAAAACGCCAAAUCCAAAGAGCUCAUAAAAUCCAAGUUUACCGAGUAUUUGACUCGAGCAGAGCAAUUGAAAGAUCAUUUGGAGAAGCAAUCACAAAAGUCGAAUUCCGCCGAAAAUUCAGCUUCAGGAGGGUCUACAAGGGCCAAGAAGAAUGGAGAUGGAGACGACGAUGAUGCAGACACGAAAAAAUUACGUGGGGCAUUGGCGGGAGCCAUUCUUCUGGAGAAACCUAAUGUAGCAUGGCUGGAUAUUGCUGGGCUUGAAGGUGCCAAAGAAGCAUUGAAGGAAGCUGUGAUUUUGCCAGUCAAGUUUCCACAACUUUUCACCGGUAAGAGAAAACCCACGUCGGGAAUUUUGUUGUAUGGACCUCCUGGUACUGGUAAAUCAUACUUGGCCAAAGCAGUUGCUACCGAAGCCAAUUCCACAUUUUUCUCGGUUUCGUCGUCAGAUUUGGUAUCUAAAUGGAUGGGAGAAUCUGAAAGACUUGUUAAACAGCUUUUCACCAUGGCUCGGGAAAACAAGCCUGCCAUUAUUUUUAUUGAUGAAGUAGAUGCCUUGUGUGGACCACGAGGCGAGGGCGAAAGUGAAGCGCUGCGUAGAAUCAAAACCGAAUUGUUGGUUCAGAUGAAUGGUGUGGGAAACGAUUCCAGCGGAGUUCUUGUUUUGGGCGCAACAAAUAUUCCAUGGCAGCUUGAUGCUGCCGUAAGAAGACGGUUUGAAAGACGGAUCUAUAUAGCAUUGCCUGAUGCUGAGGCACGAACUCGAAUGUUCGAGCUCAAUAUCGGCGAUGUGCCUUGCGAGUGCUCACCGCUGGAUUACCAGGCUCUUGCUGCGAUGACAGAAGGAUACUCGGGGCACGAUAUUGCAGUGGUGGUUCGUGAUGCUUUGAUGCAACCGAUUCGAAAAAUUCAGCAAGCCACCCAUUUCAAGAAAGUGUUGUUGGAAGACGGUUCGGAAAAGCUUACGCCGUGCUCUCCUGGCGACGACGGAGCAAUUGAGAUGAGCUGGCAAAAUGUGGAGACCGACCAACUCUUGGAACCAGACCUCACCAUCAAAGAUUUUAUCAAGCUGAUCAAGAGUAAUCGACCUACCGUCAAUGCUGCUGACAUUGAAAACCAUACCAAGUUUACAGAAGACUUUGGGCAGGAGGGGAACUAG